AUGAAUUAUUUAAAAAUCGGAAUAAAGAAAGCAGAGUUUAAAAAUCGCGUAUUAGCUAGGUUUAAAAUUAAUAUAACCGAUGAAGAACUUGAUCAUUUAUUUACAAAACUUGAUUUUAUGAAAAGUGAUCAUAUAAGUUGGGACGAAUUUGUGACAUAUUUAAUUUUAGAACUUGAAAAUAAAAGUAGGGAUACAGUUAAAUCGGUUAGCAUAGAAAAUCCCAUAGUUGACGAACCUCGAAUAAUUAAUUCCGGUCAUAGAAGUUCAAUUAUUCAUAUUGCAUUUUCACCUUCUGUACGAUUAAACGGCACCAUAGAUCACGAAGAUGGAAAAUAUAUUUCUAUGAGCAAAGAUGGUUUUAUUAAUUUUUGGAGUUUGGACUUGAAACUUCUUAGAUCUUAUAGAGAUAAAUCAUUAUACGCUUCCACGAGGGGUACUUGGGUCGUUAAUUUUGCUUGUCUUCCCGAUGUGAAUGUUCUGGUGACAAGUUCUACCGAAAGAGAACUUAGAUUUUAUGACACCACCAGUAAAAGAUUUAAUUUAAUAAUAGUAUUUGUAAGCAUGCCGUUUUGCGUGAAUCAUAUGUUUUAUCAUUUUUCCGAAAAUUUGAAGGAAGAAUCUAUUCUAGUUUGUGGAGAUCUCGGUGGAAGUAUUAGGGUUAUUCAAUUUUCGAAAGAAGAUAAAGGACCAUUUAAACAAAAAAUCGGAGUGGAUUUCCUAGUUUUAAAAUGGGACCAUAUAAUGAGAGGAAAACUUCCCGGUAUGAAAGCGUUCAAUAUAUUAGAUGUUCACACAGAUUGGGUGAGACAAGUUUCAUAUUAUAAACUCUUGGGUUCCAUUGUUUCUUGUUCCACUUCGCAAAAUGCUAUGUUUGUCGGUGAUCAUCACGGAUCCAAGACAAGUAUCGAAACAUUUUGUCUGAGUGAAGAUAGUCCUUUGAUCGUCACCGGAAGUUUAGAUUGUAUUUUAAGACUAUGGAAUCCGUUCAUUACUAACAAGCCUAUAUCCCUUUUAAGAGGUCAUCAUGCCAGCAUCGUUAAAAUAUUUCUUCAAGAUGAGGGAAGGAAAAUAUUUUCAUUAGACAAAAACAGAUUUCUUAAAGUUUGGGAAAGUUCUUCUCAAACUUGUAUUCAAACUUAUUCCGGUUUCACUUUUGAAUGCAGCCCUAUGGAGGAAUUUAGUGCAUAUUACAAUGAUAAAAAUCAAACUUUUAUAGUUGGCGGUUUUAAGAUAGCUUCCACGACUUGUGGUCGACUUGUAGACGAACUGAGAUCAGAUGGGAAAACUCAUUGCGGGCCGGUAUCGAUAGUUUUAUAUAAUAAACUUUUUAAAUGUGCCAUAACAUGUGGAAUGGAUUCUAAUAUAGUUAUAUGGGAUUUAUGGACUAACAGUUCUAAAGCGUGUAUACGAAAAGCUCAUUUAAAAGUUUCGAUGGGUAUAACAACAACUCUUCCAAUUACGGCGGCAACAUUUGAUCCACCUCACCAAUAUCUCUUAACCGGUUCAAGUGACGGAAGCAUCAAAAUGUGGGAUUUUAAAAUAGGAAUCUGCUUGAAAAAUUUAAGUGUUGGUAAAAAUAAUGAAGUAACUAAAUUAAUUUGGUUAAAAAAUCGUAUUUUAGCUGUCGGUUGGAAUUGCCGUGUUGUAGAAUUUGCUGAUUCUUUGAGUGGUAAAGUUUUUGUUAGUAAAGCUUGGGAACUUAGACAUACAAGUGAUAUAUUGGCUGCUGAUUAUAGGCCAGGUCAGGCUCUUGCCACAGGUACUUUUAACGGAGAUUUAAUUUUUUGGAGGCUGGAAACAGGUCAAUCGUAUAAAAGGUACAACGUGACCUAUCCAACGGGGCUCCUAAAAUUAGAAUUCAUAAAAGAUAAAACGGAGAAAAAAGGAGAUGGAGUUAAUUAUUUAAAUAAAAGUUCGAGAAAUUCAUCCAGGGGAAAAAAAGAAAGAAAUAAUAAUAAUAUAUCAGUAAAUGAGGAUAAUAAAAAAUCCAUAUUUGCUGCCAAAGUAAUAAAACCUCCCGUUCGGAAUCUUUUGGUAGAAAAAGGGAAUCCAUCUAUGGAACGAAAUCUAGCCAUACAUUGCCUGAUUUUUUUGAGAAAACGCGAAAUGCUUCCUGAUCAGGGUACUUUAUUGACAGCUACUGAAAACGGCAUGAUUCAAGUAUGGUCACAUCAUCCCAGUGGCAGUUUCAUCACUGCGUUUCGAGCAGUUCACAUAGAAAAAGAUUAUGUCAUUUGCAUGUUAACCGAUACCGAAAAUGAAUUUCUUUUUACCGGAACCGUUUUCGGUUAUAUAAAAAUAUGGUUGAUGAAAAAUUAUUGUUUAAGUGCGAAUACGCAAAUUCACAUAUCGAUGCCUCUGUAUAGAUUACAAUUUCCUUUUUUAAUAAAUGAUCGUAUAAGAACGAGAGCAAAAGCCGCUCUUAAAAAUCAACCUUCUCCAAUUUUACUUUCAUCCUACAAGGGACACACAAAAGCCAUCCUUCAAUUUGAAUAUAUUCAAGAAUCAAAAAUACUUUUAUCUGCGAGCGCUGACAAAACAGUUAGAGUAUGGACUCUUUCAGGCCGUUACAUUGGUUGUCUCGGUCAGAACAAGCCCUGGUUAAAAUUAGAAUUAGGAGUUGAUCCAGAAAAGACGAACGGAAGCGCGGAUUUUAGGAUACCCCCAGAUUUAAUUAGAAGCGGAUCUUAUACCACAUUAAAAGUAUUCAAAGGAGCUCCUCCCAUAGUUACAAAGAAGUACGAUGUCGAAACUGAUUUUAUCAUUUCCGAGGAAGACAGAAAGUAUGGAUUGUACGGUAAAAGAUUAGAAAUUCCACGAUUGGGUAACAAUUAUAAUUUCCCCCGAAAACAAAGUCGAAAAAGAAGAUUGGAUCCAUUGGAUGAAACUACGAGUUACAUACCCGUUUUUAGACAUUUAAUAAUGGCACCUUGGAAACCAGUUUCCAGAGUUCCUACUCCCGAAUGCAUUCGUCAAGUUACAACUAAAAGCAACAGAGCUGUUUCUAAUGUUGAAAGCUCAAACGAAUCUAACGCUUCAUAA